UGCUCUUUUGCUUGGUUGCUUGGUUGCAUUUUAUUUUAUUUUACUUUUUAUUUUAUAUUGUUAUUUUCUAUUGAUUUAUUUUAUAUUUUAUAUUUUAUAUUUUUGGCCAAUGAACGAUACUGAGGAUUAUCUUUUGAUGCCUUCGACGGAUCUCUACUUUGAAAAGGAUCCUCUGCUGGCAAACUUGUUCCAUGAUCCAUUGCCCUCGCCAACAUCAGAGUCCAAUUUCCCCUCACCCCAGAGUGCCACUGAUGAUUCCUCAAUCCAAAGUCCCCUAGAGCAGUCCCCAGAUGGCUUCUUUCUCCAGAAUCUACCCGUAGCUGUCCUUGAAUCUCUCUCUCUCCUCUACCAACAACAGCACCAGCACCAGCAGCAACAACAACAACAACAACAACAGCAGCAGCAAGAAACUCAGGCACAUGAAACCAACACUCAUCAUCUUAAUCAAAUCUCAUUGGAUUCUGCUAUCGAAGACUUUGAACAAUUUGUCAGAUUUGAAGAAGAUGGCAGCAAUGCUCAGCAACAACAUAAUAUGAAUUUGAAUUUGAAUUUGAAUUUGAAUCAUAUUAUCCAGGAAACCGAAACACUUCUCUCACAACAUCAACAAGAAAAGGAGGCCAAGGAGGCCAAGGAAGCCCAGGAAGAAAAGGAAUAUCUUGCCUCAUUUUCUGCCUUGACUUUGCCCGCUCAGCAGGUACCUCUUGCCAAAAAGAACAAGUCUAGCCGCCCACCACGCCAGCUCGAGUGUUUCAAUUGUCAUGUCACCAAGACCCCCCUGUGGCGCCGUACUCCUGAUCGAGCACAUUCGUUGUGCAAUGCGUGUGGAUUAUACUACAAGCAAUACAGUACCCACCGUCCUCUCCACAUCCGCCAAAAGCAGCCUACACCAGCAUCACCCUCAAAGUCGUCUCUGCCGACACCCCCAACCUCAGCUGCCGAUCUGACCCGCCCUCUCCAGCCUGCCCCUCUCCAUCCCUCUCAGCAACACUCGCACUGUGUCAGUUGCUUGCAGAAAUCCAGCCCUGUCUGGCGCAAGAACGAACGUGGUGAACCAGUCUGCAACACCUGUGGACUCUAUCCAAAGCUCUCACCAGCAGUAUCUGGCAUAUCUUCGCCUCUCUCUCAAUCUCUAUCAACAUUGACAUCCACACAGCGCGACCGUCCUCUGGCCAUUCGUAAGGACUCGCUCAAGAGAGAGCGUGAUUGGGAAUCUACAGCUGAUCAAGACAAUCAGGAAGGAGGGUCUGAAGAGUCAUCAGAGAAAGAGACAGCAGAGACAGAGACAGAGGCAGAGACAGAGGCAGAAAAGAAGAAGAAUAAGAAGAAGAAGACUGAUGAAAAGUUAUCAACCAAUGUUGAGAUCCAGAACACUCCUUCUAUUGGUACUCCUUUGGCUACACCUGUCUUGGCGUGUUUCCAGUCUUCUAGUUCGAUUGCCUUGCCUUCUCCUCCAAUUCAAUCCAACAAGGAGUGGUCCGAGUUUGAUGACUCGAGAUUCAAGGGACUCUUGAGCAGAAUGAAUCCUCAACAGAUGCAUGGGUUCUUGGGGGGAAUUUAUUUAAGAGGAAAAUUUUUUUUGACUAAUCCCUAUAACUAA